AUGGUUGAUGGAGUUGGAGAGCUUGUAGACUAUCCUGAAGAUCUCCAAGGUGACGAUGGUGUCGCCGAAGAAUCAAACCGCAAGAUAACUGACGCUGUCAAGGAUUAUACGGAGGUUAAUUUCUGGUAUGAGGAACUUGGCAAGCUUUCUGGACAUACUUUGGAGAAGAUUGGCAGAAUUCCCAUCCCCGAGCAGACUAUCCAAUUGUUAGGCAUCACGGACCCAUCUUUUACCGCAACAAAUGUGACUGAAGAAGGCACUGGAUAUUACGAGUUCAACAACCUACCUUUCGGCGAGUACAUGAACGCGCCGACGAUACACCUAUUCCCGGUCAAGAAUGUUCAUUAG